AUGUCAUCCGAGGAGCACACGAAGCGGCAGGACGAUGCUCCGACGUCUUCUUCCUCUUCUUCCGCACCUCCUCCUCCAGCUCGACGUCUCUUCGACAACACUUCCGACGAAUCAGACGUCUCUCUGGACAAUGACGGUUCGGCGUGUGCUCGCUUCUUCUGAUCCGUUUUUCCUCAGUUUCAGACAAGACCGGCGCCGAGACGGACGGUUCUUCGUCGAGCCGCGGAUGUUUGAAGAGCGACCGCUCGCGGAAGGAUCAGUCGAGCAGCUCGGCCGCCAGAACUGUUCGUGCUCCUCAGCAGGUCAGAAAAGCUAGAAAUAGACUGAAACAUUCACAUGGCUUCCAAUAACUGAAAGGCUUCUAAAUAUGGCUUCCAAAUGCUAAUGAAACUUCUCCGUACUGAACUUUAUAAAAAUAAAAAUCUAAUCAAAAUCGAAAUAAAGUUGCAGGUCUCGUGGUCGUUUGGCGCGAAACCGGCCACUCCGCACUCGCAACCACCCGCCGGCCUCAAAAAAGGUACUUUCCGUUUUUUUCCGAGUCAGCUCUCAACUUCUGACCCCAUUCCGAUUGACGCAAGCGAAAAUUGUCCCGUUUUCCGGUUCCAUGAGCAGAAAACCUUUUGAAAAACGGAAAAUUUUGCGCUCUUCGUUCUUUUUCCGUUUUUAGAACGGGUUUGUCCUCAAUUUUCUAAACCGAAAGUUUGAAGGGGAAGCCGACAUAUGGUUCUAAUGUGCCUAGACCUAAACAUAAACAGAAUGCACAUUUACUUUGUGUUUAGCGAUUCCACAUUCUGAUUUUCCCGGGAAAACAGCUGAAAAAAGGAGUAUACAAGAUUGUACCCCCAAAUCCCGGUGAUUAGAUUCUAUUUUUAACCCCCGAGACGAUAACAUAAAAUACCUGCUACCCCUGCUUCUUCUACACUCCUAUUAUUGUUUUUUGCUGACCAGCCGACCCAUUUCCACUCCACUUUUGCGUGCCGGCCGGCACCAGAAGAAUUUCUCGAAAUGAAAGUGACAUUUUUGGAUGAAGGUGAGCGAAAGCUUUUAGGCUGAUUGAAAUAAACGGAUUUGAGGGGGAGAUUAGUCAGAUUUUGGAGCUAGUUUUCCGUUGAUCUAGGCCAAUAUUCCAGAAGUUCAAGCACUUUUUUGUCGAAGAACUCAAUCCCAUUACUCUUCGUUCGCUCUCUUUUUUCCCUCUUUUUUCCAUCUUCCAAUCGCACCCAUUGGAAUCCCUUCGGGGCGCCGCCAGAGGGACGUUUCGAAGGCAAAAAGAAGAAAGGGCCAUUCGCCGCUCUUUUCCUCGACGCUUCGAGGCUCGGAGAGCACAAAGAAUUGAAGGAAAGAAUCUUCGAAAAAUGAACAGGUGGCCGUCGGCCUCGCGUGGAGUCGGAGUUGCGAAAUGAUUAGCGCCCCGGGCCGGAAUGUUGCUAUUUGUCUCGCUUCUUCAUCUUUUUUGUUCGCAAUUCCACCACACCCGUUGUUUACGUCCUUCUGACACUUGAAAAGCGGAUCGGAUUUCAGAAUAGAUGAGGGAAAUCACGAGAAAAAGUUGUGACACUUUAGGGGUCAGCCGCACUCAGUCCCUUCAAGCUGGAGGCCAAGGCUCUAGGCGACAAUUCCUGAAAAUGUCUACUCGAAAAUGCAUAGACAUGUUCAUCUAUUCCUAUUCUUCUUUCCGAAUGACUGCACCUUCGUCUCCAUUUUUCCUGCAAAGAACUCUGUUGUUGUGUGUGUGCAGCGGGCCACAAUGUCCGAGUUCGCCCAUCCUUUCGGCCGGUUCGUCUGUCCACCCGUCCGUCCGUCCGUCUCCGGCUAAUCUUCUUCUUCGUCUUCUUCUGUUUUCUUUACAUUCUUCUUUCCUACUCCCCAUCCCGGCCAUCGCCUAUGUUUUUCGUCCAAUCUUUCCCGCCGUUUUGCUUUUGUCUCUCUCGUUCCUCCCCUCCAUUUCCGUCGUCCUCGUCGUCCUUUCUGCCUUCUUCCCAAUUUCAACACCCGAUGGUGCUGGGUUCGGAGACAAUUUUCCCCCCAACAAAAUUGUGUUCUUCUAGUUCGCUCUCUCGACUGUAAAAAGUGUUGAAGACUUUGGAAAACAGGAACAUUCCAACAUCCCGAAGCUCAUAAAAAUCAAGUUCUUCUGACUUUUUGCUUAUCCCAUUUCCCAUCAAAGUACUCGCCACAGAGACCCUAUUAACUGGCCCCAUCAUCUUCCUCACUCAUUUAGUGUAAAGUUUUGUGUGUGUGUGCGUCAGUCAUCUGGUUGACCUUUCUCAUUUCAUACAAGAGAUCUCAUAUCUAACAAUUCUACUUUUAUGUCUCCCUUUGAUUACCCAGAGUCAAUAUAAUCUGUGGUAAAGCGGGGACAAGUGAUCAGUUAGAAUCAGAACACGAACGGGUGGGAUGUGAUUGAUAAGCCUUAAUAAAUCCUAGAUAGCAAAAAAUUGUCUAUUGGAUUUUGGAUUUGGAUCCGAUGGAUUUGUCAAACUCAUCCGUUAAUCUGAGAACAAGAUGACUGCUCACAAAGUUUAGUGAGCCAGACUGAGGUUCACACCUGAUUUCAUUCUCAGCUGACAAGCCGCUCCACCCGCCAGACCCUCCAGUUGGCUCCUUAGUCUCCCUCUCUCUUUUUUUUUAUCACCGUACCCUUUCUGGUAGUGCGAAUGAAGUACUGGGGCGGCUCCCCUCGCUCUCCCGUUCCCCCAGACAAAGCGCUUCAAAAUGUGGGUGUUUGUGCCGAGAGUGUUCUGUUUGCUCACCUUGUUUCUGCUUUUCAGUGCUGAAAGAAGAGGAAGAGCAAAAAAAAAAGAUUUUAUGCAAUACUAUCAAUGAUAAAGAAUUUGUAUUUGCUGACUUUGAACGGAAAACAAACUAAACUGAACAAAAAUUUUGUGACCGAGUGGGUUAGACACCAGCAUCUUACCUUGAAUCACAUGGUAUUUCUGAGCUGUGCUCGUUCUUUUCUGUCCUCGUUCCUGUCAGCUCCACUCACACACGUUUUUCAAGAGCCAAAGCACUUGAUUAAAGUAGGCCAGGAAGCGACCGCCCAUUUCCAUCCUUCGUAUCCGCCGUCUCGUCGUAUCCAGUCCGGUCUGAUGUCUGCGUCUCUUCGACUUUGUCGCUCUCCCGCCGCCCGCCCUCCCAGCCGCUCCAUUGUCAUCAUUAUAUCGUCUUCGGCGCUCUCUCUCCGCCUCUUUGACGCUCUCCGCGUUCUGUGCACUCCAUCGUCUCGCCCCGUCUCGUCUCUAUCAGCUGCUGCUGCUGCGCCCCCUAUUCCGAGGCAUCGCGCAGCACCAUCACUAGCUGGCUAGCAUCCCCCCGAUUGUCCUCUUAAAGCAACUGAAUACAUUAUCAUACAUCGGUAUUAUAUUCACCUGGCACCUCAGCUCUGGCGAUUCUGCCUACUGUCAUGAGUACUUAUUCUACGUUUCCGUCGGCCUCCUCUUCCUCAUCCGGUUAGUCGUGAAAUUGGAGCUCUUUCUGACCGGAUUGGUUUUGUUGUUGUCAGCCAACAUGCAAGAUUCUGACUCGGCUUUUCAAAAUUCUGACCGAUUUCAGUGCCCGCCAUCUCGUCCGCAUUCGCCACGUCAUCAACGUCCGGCUCUUCGGCGUCCACCUCGUCGUCGGCUGCUCGCAAAUCGUCGCUCGUCGGCGGUCGCGGAUCGGCUUCGUCUUCCGGGCACACGAGUCCGUCGCCGUCGGGUAAGAUUUCUUUUCGAAAAUUACGAAAUGUUCCGCAAUCUUAACAACCUUAGAAGAGAGAAUUUUGAAUUUUUUUAAAGAAAAUAGUAUAAAAAGUGUAUCUCACCCGGAACAACGGAAAAAGGCAGCCGAUUGUUUUCGAAGCUGUCUCCCAGGGCGCUGCUGGGACGCUUUUGUUUUCCUUUCGACUCGAAGCAUCGAAAAUUACGCAUGAGUCAGUGGGAACGCUUGCCGUUUUGAUCUCGCGAGGGAUGCCCUAAAGCGGGCACUUUCCUUCCUUUGUAUUAAUGACUCUUGACGCAUUCUGAACUCGUUUAGCGGAGAUUCUCAUGUGAUUCAUCAAAACAGGGAUUUUCAUUUUUCAGAAUCACCGGCGCGCAACGCUGGUUGCUCUUCGUCUGGCGAAUCAAAUCCAGAUCGCUCGUUGGCCACACCCCCGCUCCCUCCGGCUCUCAAGCACUCUGCCAAGGUACGUUUCCCUUUACGCUUUCCACGGAAAAACCAAUCCAUCUUCCAGGACGGUCAUUAUCGCGGACAGCGUUCAAUGUCUCUCGGUGGCCCGGCACACGAGAUGCUCAUGUCGCAACUCGGCGCACGUCAAGGGAACACAGUCGACUGCUCGCCCGGAGAAGGCGACAAAGUGUGUUUGCUCGUCGAUCAAACGCGCUUCCUCGUCUCCCAACGUCUUCUCACCUCGAAACCCGAUACGAUGCUUGGCAGAAUGUUCUCAAUGCGUGCCUCGUGCGGUGAUUUGGGCGCGGAUCUGGUGUCUCCGAACGAGCGAGAUGAGUUCGAGGUGGCUGACGGAAUGACCGCUUCUUGCUUCCGCGCCAUCCUUGACUACUACCAAUCGGGGACGAUGCGAUGUCCGUCGUCGGUGUCUGUUUCGGAGCUCCGUGAGGCGUGCGACUACCUGCUCGUGCCCUUCAAUGCACAGACCGUCAAGUGCCAGAAUCUCCACGCGUUGCUCCACGAACUGUCCAACGAGGGAGCCCGCGAGCAGUUCUCCCAGUUCCUCGAAGAGAUAAUCCUUCCGCAACUCGUCGCGUCGACAGAGCACGGAGAACGGGAGUGCCAUCUCGUUGUGCUUCUGGACGACGACGUCGUCGAUUGGGAUGACGAGUAUCCGCCGCAGAUGGGAGAGGAAACGACGCACGUCGUCUAUUCGACGCAUCUCUACAAGUUCUUCAAGUACGCCGAGAAUAGGGACUGUGCGAAGCAAGUGCUGAAGGAGCGAGGACUCAAGAAGAUCCGAUUGGGAAUGGAGGGAUAUCCGACGCACAAGGAGAAGAUCAAGAAGCGUUUCAACAAAUCGGAAGUCAUCUACAACUACGUGCAGAGGCCGUUCGUGCACUGUUCGUGGGAGAAGGAAGAGGCUCGCAGUCGCCACGUUGAUUUCGCUUGUCCCAUAGUCAAAGUGAGUACCUCUCCACUGAUCAGCAAUAUACUUUGUCCUUUUUCAGUCCAAAUCGAAUCCAUCCCUCGCCGCCGCCGCCUCGGAUCCGCUUCCCCAGCCGGCUCCUCUUCAACAGCAACAUCGUGUCGCCGUUUUCGGAGAAGCCGCCCCUCUGGCUCACCGUUUCGACGACGGCGCUCUGAUUCAGCCGAUGCUCAAUCAGGCGUUACCGUUUCAGCAGAAUAAUGCGAUGCUGGGUGUCAAUGUGCAGCAACAGCAGGUACAGAAUCCUUUCGUUUUUCUUAUCUUCAAAACUUCGGAUUUUCAGCACAAUCACCCACUCCACUCGCCACCAGUCAAUUUCCAACGCAAUGAUCGCGACGAUGAAUGA